AUGUUAACAACUGGUCAGAAAGAGAUUUGCAUCAAUCCCUACCACUAUCGUCGCAUUGAGAGCGAUGGUGUUCUUCCCCCCGUCUUAGUUCCCAGAUACUCGGAACUACCGCCUCCAUCAAUACCUCCGGGGAUACGACGAAUGCAAGCCAUGGAGGCAUCGGGAUCGUCGAUGCCUCAAAAUGUAGAGAUUGCAGGAUUGUUCAACCACUCGCAGUUCAAUCAAAUGCAAGUAGAUGAAGCUGACGGGUACAGUUUCUCACCGAGUGUGCCGACUGUUGCGGUAAGCGAGCGCUCUACCUCUGUUCUAGAAUUUGAAACUGUCAAAGAAGAGUUAUCCCCGUGAAC